CAAAGCUCUCCACACUCAAAACACUAACGAAGAAGAUAAAAAAGACACUAACUUAGCUCAGCAACAUUCACCAUGGCAUUGAAGACAGCGUCGAUGAACGGUAUGUGGAUGACGGAGGAGUGCAAGAGAUCGUUCAUGGAGAUGAAAUGGAAGAAAGUGCACAGAUACAUCGUUUUCAAGAUCGAGGAGAAAUCCAAGAAAGUCACCAUUGACAAGGUUGGUGCUGCCGGCGAGACCUAUCAUGAUCUCGUCGCUUCCUUGCCGGAGGAUGACUGUCGCUACGCCGUGUUUGAUUUCGAUUACGUGACCGUUGAUAACUGCCGCAUGAGCAAGCUCUUCUUCAUCACCUGGUCCCCGGAGGCGUCGAGAAUAAGAGAGAAGAUGAUGUAUGCAACGUCGAAGAGUGGGCUGAGAAGAGUGUUGGAAGGCAUUCACUAUGAGCUUCAAGCCACCGACCCAACCGAGAUGGGAUUUGACAAAAUCCAGGACCGGACCAAAUAAGUCUACAUUCCAUUUAACCGGAGUUACAUGCUUCAAUGAUCAGUAGCUGUUAUUAACA